GCUGCACUGAGUAUCCCCCCCGACCACAGCCUACCCAGACAACUUGGGAAACCCUCCGAUCACCAUGCCCCAAAACCCAGACCCCCAAAACACCAACCUCGACGCCCUCGUCGUCGGCACAGGCUUCGCCGGCAUCUACGCCCUGCACACUCUCCUCCAAGACGGGCUGCGCGUGCAGGCGAUCGACAAGGCGCGCGACGUCGGCGGCACCUGGUACUGGAACCGGUACCCGGGGGCGCUGAGCGACACCUGGAGCUAUUUGUACCGGUACAGCUUCGACGAGGCGCUGCUGCGCGCCUACCCGGCCGCGAACCGGUACUCGACGCAGCCGGAGGUGCUGGCGUACCUGCGGCAUGUCGUGGCGCGGUACGAUCUGCGGCGGCACAUGCGGUUCGAGACGGUGAUGGAGGGGGCGGAGUGGGAUGAUGCCACCAAGAGGUGGAGGGUGAGGUGUCGAGACAUCGGUAAGAAGCAAGAGGGCAAGGAGGAGGAGGAGAAGGAGGUGGUGCACUACACAUACACGGUCCGGUAUCUAGUGACCGCACUGGGGCUGCUGACCGAGCCCGUCCUCCCGGACAUCCCCGGCCUCAAGGAAGGAACCUUCCGGGGGCAGGUAGUGCACACAGCGGCCUGGGACCCCACCACCGCGCUGGCGGGGAAGCGCGCAGGCGUGAUCGGGGUCGGCUCGUCCGGGGUGCAAGUGGUAACCGCCAUCGCCGACAGCGUGGCCUCGCUGCACGUCUUCAUCCGCCGCCCGCAGUACAGCGUGCCGGCCAACGACCGGCCGCUCACCGCGGCGGACCGCGCCGCCAUCAACGCCGCGUAUCCCGCGCUGUGGGCCGACGUGCGCGCCUCGCACCUGGGGAUGGGCUUCCCCGAGUCCUCCCGGAAAUUCAUGGCCGUGAGCCCCGCCGACCGCGAGCGGAUCCUCGAGACCCUGUGGCGCGAGGGCAACGGGCUGCAGUUCCUGUUCGGCGGGUUCAGCGACCUCACCACCGACCCGGUCGCCAACGAGGAGGUGUGUCGGUUCCUGCGCCGCAAGAUUCGGGGGGUGGUACACGACCCGCAGAAGGCCGCGGUGCUGAUGCCCCGCGAGCCCUUCGCGCGGCGCCCGCUCAGCGACGCGGGGUAUUACGAGAAGUUCAACCGCGACCACGUGCACGCCGUGGAUGUGAUGACGCAUCCCAUCACAAAAGUGGAGGCGCAGGGCAUCCGCACGGCGGACGGGACGCUCUACGAGCUGGACACCAUCGUCGUGGCGACGGGGUUCGAUGCCCUGGAUGGCAGCUACGCGCGCGUGGAGAUCCGCGGCCGCAACCCCGCGGAAACCCUGACGGAGCGGUGGCGGCGCACCGCGUCGGAGUGCUAUCUCGGCUGCGCGGUGUCUGGGUUCCCCAACCUGCUGAUCGUGUCCGGGCCCAUGGCCGCGUUCUCGAACGUGCCGCCGCUCACGGAGACGAAUGUGGAUUUCCUACGGGAUCUGAUCCGCCGUGCGGAGGAGAUCUCGAGGCAGAGCGGGAGACAGUGCGAGAUUGAGGCCACGCAUGAGGCGGAGAGCUGGUGGACGGACCAUUGCGAUAUCACCGCGCGCAAGACCCUUUUUGCCCAAGCGCCCUCGUGGAUGUUCGGGGCUAAUGUCCCCGGGAAGCGCCCGGCCAGUCGGUUGUAUUUCGGCGGGCUGGGCCCGUUUCGGGCCAAGUUGGCGGAGAUCAAGGCGAGGGGGUUCCUGGGGUUUGAGGAGCCCUUGGGGACGGGGGAGCCGUUGCGGUCGCAUCUUUAGUGGUGGUGGUGGUGGUGGUCGCGAUCGGGCAUAGAAUCGGGAUAGAGCCUCGCUUACAGCUCAGAACGUGUUCGCAAGUUUAUCGAC